UUUCCUACAACAGACAUGUCAGCCUCCAGUACGGAGUGAACGGCGGAAAUCUCUGUAGUUUUACAUUACUUAAGUCCACGAUGUCUUCAGACACAGAGGUGAUUAUGCGUGUCAGAGGACCGCUGGAGUUCAAAUGUCUGCUGGAAAACACAGAUGCCUCUCUCAUGCACAAAGUCAUCUCCAGGACAUUUGAGACACUUAACUCACAGGUAAAAUCUGAAUCUCUUGUUUUGACCGUCUGUAACAGUCCUGUUUAUAUUUGGCCAAACCAAGAAUUUCGAGCAACACCUAAAGAUGUAACUCCAGACACACCAUGUGAGGAUUUACAUCAAUGGAUACAGACAGAUGAAAAUGAGAGCGCUGGCAAGAGACUGGUGAAAAAGAAAGGCAAAAAAAGUGCUGCAGUUGUACAUAGAGUCAUCAACCUUCGCCUGAUGAUGGAGGUUACAACAAACGGAGGCUCUCUGUCAGCUCCGAUCUUCAGCAGAACCGUCAAGAAAUCCCACUUCCUGUCUACAACUCUUCCCCUGGACUGUGUCGUCUGCAUCAACAGCAAAGACACAAUUAAAGAUGCUGUUGCGUGUCUGUUGGAGGCGCUGAGUCUUCAGCUGUAUGAGAUGGAGAAAGUGAUGCUGCAAUGCAUGGAGGGGAUGACUCUGCUGGUGCCUGAGCCGCUGCACUUCCUGCUUCCUGAUCCAAAAGGACUGGUGACCGUUGUUUACCCAGCAGGAGUGCCUGACAGCGAGCUAGAGACAAAACGUAAGGAGUUGCAUCAGCAGUUUGAGCUUCCAGAUGACUGGCCUCAUUUUAGAAGAGCCAACACUUACCACUUUCCCAAUGAGCCUUACAAAGAUGGCUACCUCCGAAACCCUCAUCUCGCCCUUACACAUCCAAGCCUGGACAAUGGAAAGGUAUAUUUGGUUCAGGGCAUCUACAGCUAUCACCACUACAUGCAAGACCACAUGGAUGACAACGGCUGGGGCUGUGCUUAUCGCUCUCUGCAGACCAUCUGCUCCUGGUUUAAGCAGCAGGGUUACACAGAGAGGCCUGUGCCCACCCACAAGGAGAUCCAACAGGCUUUGGUGGAUGUUGGAGACAAACAGACGUCCUUUGUUGGAUCCCGCCAGUGGAUCGGAUCCAUUGAGGUUCAGGCUGUUCUGAACCAGCUGCUCGAGGUCACUUCAAAGAUCAUGUUUGUGAGUCAAGGUUCUGAGUUGGGAUCUAAAGGCAGAGAAUUGGCGAACCACUUUCUCACUGAAGGGACUCCCAUCAUGAUUGGAGGGGGAGUUUUAGCUCAUACUAUUCUGGGUGUGGCGUGGAGUGAGACCACUGGGCAGAUCCGUUAUCUAAUCCUUGAUCCACAUUACACCGGAGCAGAGGACUUACAGGUUAUCACAGAUAAGGGCUGGUGUGGCUGGAAAGGACCAGAUUUCUGGGAUCAGUUUGCGUAUUAUAAUCUGUGUCUGCCUCAGAGGCCGAAAGUCAUCUGAGCCCACAAGGGCAUGAUCAGGCCUUUUUUUGCGGUAUUGUGGACACAGCUGGAACUCAGAAAUUUUUCCAGUAUUGAAUUCUUGUAAGUUAUCAUAACUGUUUUGGUCAAAUCCAAUAUUAAUGACUUUGCAUACCAGGCCGUGGAAGUAAUUUUUUUUUUAAAGUCAACAAUAAUAAUUCUACUCCAUUGUCAACUUUCAUCGUGAAUUAUGUGCACUACACAGGCUUGUCUCAUUGAGAAAUCCAAUCCAUUGUGAUCAAUAGAGGUUUUUUUAUUGGCUUAUGUUAAAACCAAACUGAUUAAGCCACCAUGACGAAUGCAAAACAAUAAUUCUUAUCAGCAGCAAAACCCUGUUAUUUAUCACUAUUAAACACAUUUUCCAGAACAUCAUGCUGUUGAUUUUUACAAAAGAAUUAAACUGUACAGUUUACUUCA